CUCUCACACACACACACACACACACAAAGUUGCUGCGUCUUCUAAUCUGAAUCGAAAGAAAUCAAAAUCAAACAGGAGAAAUGUCUGAGGAUGAUGAAGACCAAUCUCCAGCGUCGGAUCUACGCUCGCAGCGACCUUGCUCGCCGAACAAAUCUCGGAACUGCAUCUCCUCCUCCCAGACGUUCCCUGACCACGUCCUGGAGAACGUCCUGGAGAACGUGCUACAGUUCCUGGAUUCGAGAUGCGACCGUAACGCAGCUUCUCUGGUGUGCAAAUUGUGGUGGAAAGUGGAGGGUUUGACUCGAUCGGAGGUUUUCAUCGGGAACUGCUACGCGCUGUCUCCAGCUAGGUUAACUCAGAGAUUCAAGCGUGUGAGAUCUCUGCUGCUCAAAGGGAAACCAAGAUUCGCCGAUUUCAACCUCAUGCCCGCUGAUUGGGGAGCUAAUUUCGCUCCUUGGGUCUCCACCAUGGCCAAAGCUUACCCUUGGCUCGAGAAGGUGGAUUUGAAGCGGAUGUUUGUUACUGAUGACGAUCUAGCGCUUCUCGCUGAGUCCUUCCCUGGGUUCAAAGAGCUCAUCUUGGUUUGCUGUGAAGGCUUUGGAACCAGUGGAAUCGCAGUCGUUGCCAACAAGUGCAGAAAGCUGAAAGUGCUUGAUCUGAUCGAGUCUGACGUCACAGACGAUGAAGUGGAUUGGGUUUCUUGUUUCCCGGAGGAUGUAACUUGUUUGGAGUCUUUAGCAUUUGACUGUGUGGAAGCUCCCAUCAACUUCAAGGCCCUUGAAGCUCUUGUUGGUAGGUCCCCCUUGUUGAGGAAACUUAGGCUGAACAGGUUUGUGUCUCUGGAGGAGGUACAUCGCCUCCUGCUGCUUGGAGCCCCGCAGCUCACGAGUCUCGGCACUGGCUCCUUUAGCCGUGGUGAUCAGAGCCAGCAGGAACCACCCGAUUACGCAGCUGCUUUCCGUUCUUGUAAAUCUGUAGUCUGCCUCUCAGGAUUCAGGGAGUUAAUGCCUGAGUACCUUCCUGCUAUCUUACCCGUCUGCGCCAAUCUUACCUCACUCAAUUUCAGUUAUGCUAACAUUUCUCCUGACAUGUUUAAGCCCAUCAUCCACAAUUGCCACAAACUCCAAAUUUUCUGGGCUCUGGAUUCGAUAUGUGAUGAAGGACUGCAGGCAGUUGCUGCGACUUGCAAGGAACUCCGUGAGCUCCGGAUCUUCCCUUUUGAUCCCCGGGAAGACACUGAAGGUCCUGUCUCUGAAUUAGGCCUCCAAGCAAUCUCCGAGGGUUGUAGAAAACUCGAAUCUCUUCUCUACUUCUGCCAGCACAUGACCAAUGCCGCUCUCAUAGCCAUGUCGCAUAACUGUCCUGAGCUCACUGUGUUUAGGCUCUGCAUAAUGGGUCGACUUAGGCCUGACCAUGUGACAGGAAAGGCAAUGGACGAGGGCUUUGGUGCCAUUGUUAAAAACUGCAAGAAGCUAACUCGGCUCGCAGUCUCCGGGUUGCUUACGGAUCAAGCUUUUAGGUAUAUGGGUGAGUAUGGGAAACUGAUCCGUACUCUCUCAGUGGCUUUUGCAGGGGACAGUGACAUGGCUCUGAGACAUGUCCUCGAAGGUUGCCCUAGACUACAGAAACUCGAGAUAAGAGACAGUCCGUUUGGGGAUGUUGCGUUACGCUCUGGUAUGCAUCGGUAUUACAACAUGAGGUUUGUUUGGAUGUCGGCAUGUAGGUUGACUAUGGGAUGCUGCAAGGAUGUUGCACGUGCAAUGCCGAAUCUAGUUGUGGAAGUAAUUGGCUCCGAUGAUGAUGAUGUGAACAGGGAUUAUGUUGAGACUUUAUACAUGUAUCGGUCUCUUGAUGGUCCAAGGAAAGAUGCACCACAGUUUGUCACAAUUUUAUAGGAAGGAGGAGCAUUUUCGUGUGUUGCUGAGAGCUUAAAGAGGGGAGAAUGAGUAUGGGUAGGUUGUAGGAACGCUGAAGAUGAUGAUCGUGGUGUCAGAGACACAAUGCAUGAUGGUUGAUAAUGAUGAUGAUAGUUGCGAAGGGCAUAAUGCAUGAUUGUUGUACCAUUAUUUAUUUUCUUUUCUUGCUGUUUUUCUUUUUUGGUUUAACAGUUCUUGGUUGGUUAGGUGGAACAAUGGAUGUAUGUUUUGGGGAGCAUCGAUGUUAGACAGAUGAGUUGGUUCUUAUGUUUCUAAUAAGCUGCACUUUUGGAUC